GGAGAACAUAGAGAUAACGAACCUGAAUUAGACUCUAAUUAUCCUAUUGCAUCUGUAUCUUUAGGACAGGAAAGAGAUUUUAUUUUGAAACAUAAAGAUGCAAGAAAGGCAGGCAGAGAUAAAAAAACAAUAGCACCAGUGAAAAUUAAUCUCGAGCAUGGCAGUAUUUUAUUUAUGAACCCACCUACAAAUGAGCAUUGGUAUCAUUCUUUGCCAAUACGGAAAAGAUUGCCAGGACCAAGAAUUAACUUCACUUUCAGGAAAAUUAGAACGAAAUAAAUAUACAGAUUAUUUAUACUCAGAUCAACAUUUUUUGAUGCCUCUGCUGAGGUUCGAGCAGAGCGAUCUCAAGUGCAAGAAUGGUUGCGAUUAUUUCGGCAAUCCGCAGUGGCAGGGAUACUGCUCCAAGUGCCACCGGGAACAAAUGAGCAGGCAACGGAGAGCUGAGAAAGCAUCAUCAGCGACGCUCCCGAAGCCUGAACAGAAGAAGGCGGACCACGGCCUGAAGCUGACCGCGCGCUCCUCCUUCUCCAAGUUCGAAGAGAAACGGCAGCGGCAAAGCGAGACCCUGAAGAAAGCCAAUCUUCUCAAGUUUACAGUUUUUAAGAAGAGCAGUACAGAUGACCACGACCACACUCCAGAGAAAAGGCCACCCGAGUUCAAAAUACCGUCAAUGGUCAACGAUGGAAUGAAACAAGAUUUCCGCGCGCGUUUCCCGAACUUACCGCCACAAGUGGACAGAGAUUCGCGCGUGUUUGUGCACACUUUCAUCAUGGACGUCAUGAAGUGCGCUAGCGUGAUGACUGUCGAUGAGCUAUCCGAGAGAGUGCAGAGACAAUACCAGCGUUUUAUGAAACACAUGGACACGUCGCAACACUUCGCCAACGUGGAGCCCGACACCAAGGAACAACUCAUGGACUUCGUGGAGAAGCACGCCAUGACGUAUUUACACGACUUACCGUCCAUCGUGUUCUCUCCUAUCGGCACGGACGACGAACGAGCUGACCGCGCCAUGUCCGAGCGGAUCCAACAGCUAAGCUGGGUCGGCGAGAGGCACCUCGAGUGCAAGCUGGACAGGAACAGCGCCUCCUGUCGUCAGCUGUUGUACAAGGCAAUCAGUGAGUUGCUAAGCAUGGACAGCGCGGCGUCCCCCGGCGGCAAGCUGCGGCAGGUGCGGCGCUGCUGCCGCCACGUGUUGGCGCUGUGCGGCCGCGACGGAGCCCCGGCCUCCGCUGACGACCUGCUGCCCGCACUCAUAUUCACGGUGCUAAAGGCGAAUCCGCCGCGGCUAGUGAGCAACAUCAAUUUCGUGACUCGAUUUUGCAACGCACAGAGGCUGAUGACCGGCGAGGGCGGUUACUACUUCACUAACUUGUGCUGCGCGGUGUCUUUCAUCGAGAACCUCACAGCGGAAUCCUUGAAUAUGGACAAGAAGGAGUUCGAUUGUUACAUGGCGAUGCCGGCGAGCAUUGGGGGAAGCUCGUGGGCGGCGGCGUUACUGCUGUGCGGCGUGGAGCGAGAGGCGAACGAGCAGCGUGCGGCCGCGCAGAAGGCUCGCGAGCAACUGCAGGACCUGCAGCAUCGCGCCGACCGCCUCGCCGCCGACUCGCACUCCUUCGAGGAACAAAUUUCAAAGAAAGUACAAGACGUCCUUUCGAAGACACCGUUGGAAAUAAAACCGCGGCGCGAACUGCCACGCAUAGGAAAAUUGCGGGAAAUCUCAUCCACACCACUCAUAGAUCUGGAUACAAGCACCUCUGAGGACACCAGACCGCUCCAAGAUGUUACAGAUAGUCGGCAACCUAGUCAAUCGAAUGGUAAUGCCUUCAUACAGGACUCUCAAGUGGAACCACAAACACAGUCUUCAAAACCUGUUACGGCUACAGAAGAUACAGAGAAGCUAAACAUUCUAGGGUUCGAAGUCAUAGACAAGCCAUCACCAACAAAGUCUCCCCAAACUAUAGACCAGCCGUGGGAUCUCAAGCAGACUAGUUCACUGGAACUCCUCACACCAUCUCCACUAGGAUACACACCGUUCGACUCCAGAUCUAUAGACGAAUUGAUGACGCCGGACGAGUUCGGCGCGGACCACUUGGCGCCAGGACUGGGUAAUAUAAACUACGAUAUAGACCUGUCCGACUUCAGCGGAGACAACAGUAUAGCUGAAGAUGCCCCAAAACCAGAAGCCAAAGACCCCUUUAGUCCUGAUGUGCUUAAGAAGCAGAUGUUCGACCCCUUCGCCCCACAGCCACAGCCAGAAUCUCUAAACUCUAUUUUAGAAAAAUUCGAUGAGUUCAGUUUAACAUAUACAGGUAAUAAGACGUUAGAUCCGUUCGAAAUAGUCCACAGAGGGGCAGAUCCCUUCAGCCCACCUGGGUUCACUGGCAGUUUGCCCCAAAAUAGUAGUAGAGACCCGUUCAGUCCUGUACAAAAUGAGUCCACAUCUAUUUUGGACCAUAACGAGUCACCUACAGCAGCGUCACUGCUACCGUCCCCUUUACAACCCCAGAGUAGUGAGAAACCAUCAUAAUGUGUGCGUAAAGUUAGUUAAUUGUUAAUAUUUGUUAUAAUGUUAUAACCAAAGUUAAUUUCGGCCGGUGCUGAUAAUUUACAAAUUGAAAUUAUUUCUAUUUACAGGCUGAUAACUAGCCAAUACAAUCUCACGAUCACGAACGACAAAGGCAACGGGCCGUCACAUAUGCAGCUAUAAUAAUUAAAUACAAAUUUAUUGAAUAAAUUAAAAUAAACAAUUAAAAAUAUUGAAUUGAGUGACCAUAGAUAAAAAAAUAUGUCAUCCUUAAUCAAUUGUAUAAAUUAAAACAAAUAAUUAAAAAUAAUAAAUGACCACAGAUUAAAAAAAUAAUUAUGUCAUUGCUUAAUCAAUUGUAAUAUAAGAUUUUUUAAUCUUAUUCUUAUUUCAAACUUCCACCAAAAAGUUUUUGGUAGAAGGUUGAUGACAUAGUUUUAUUUUUUUGCGUCUAUGGUCAUUCACAAAUUAUUUUUAAUUAUUUGUUUUAAUUUAUACAAUACAUUUAUAUAGAAUUAUUAUAGCUGCAUAUGUGACGGUCCGUUGCCUUUAUCAUUCGGGAUCGCGGGAUCGUAUUCUCUAUUUAUAACACUAUUUAUUAUAUAGGGUCAUAUUUAAACCACUAUUAUGAAGAGGAAAGACUUAUUUGUUUGUAAUGGAUAAACUCAAAAACUAUUUAAGCGAUUUUAAAAUCGCAUUCACCUAUAAAAAGAUACAUUAUCAGUGGGCAUAAUAUAGGCUAUAUAUUAUUUAAAAAAAUCCUAUCUACACAUGCGAAGUCGGGCCGGAUCUCUUGUUAUAUAAAUUUUAGUAUCAUGUCAGGCUUUUUUUUUAUUAUUAUACAAUUAAAAAUGGCAAACAAGUUGACGGCCCAUCUGAUGGAAAGUGGUAACCGUCGCCUAUAGACAUGAGCAGCACCAUGGACAUAACAGAGUAUACUGUUUCGCCCAUGAUACCCCCCCAUGCGUUGCCAUUCCUGAGGAUUCAGAUGUUAUGCCUCUGUACUCAGUAAAUUCACGCUUAAAACAAAGUGAUUUCAGUUAAGAGUAUUCUAAAUUUAAUAAAAUAUAUUUUGUUUAUAUACAUUUAAACGCAAGUCGAUAGCUUCAGCUUUAUCCAGAUAUAAUCCCUAUAUAUUUUAUAGUGUAAUAUAAGCCUUUAGUGACGGCGUGACCCAUAAUGCGAUGGCACAUAGUGUUCAAAUGCGAAAUGCAGUGAAUUGAUUCUUGCAAGUAAAGGAAUUGCUCCUAGUUGUGUAUAAGAGAAAUGUAUUAUCCCAGUGUUGGAUUGUUAAAUAUAAAUUAAUCAUUAAAAAUAUAUUAAAUCAUAUGUUAUGUUUACAUCUCAGUCAGGUAUUGUUAUAAAGAAUUUUCAAGGCAUUUUUUAUUUGAUCUGCUCUCUGUAAGAUAUUCCGGUUUCAUGAUAUGAAUGCGGGGAGGUAAGUAAGCGUAGUUCAAUAGGAAAUGUCAAAUAAGAACUCUGUGAUAAGUGUCGUUAGAUUGUAAGUGCAAUACGGGCUAAGAUUAGGGACUGUUGCUUCACUAGGACCAUAUAACACUAUGCGUUUAGCAUCAGACAUUUCGUGGCGGCUGCUUCGUCGUCUUAACGAUUAUUACUAAGUGUUCUCACGAAUUGUUCGGAUUGAUAACUGCUGUUUAUUUUUUACCACAGUACAACCCCCCCCCCCCCCCCACAAAAUAGUUUCAUCCCAACCACCUGCACGAGUGGCGGUAUUCCAUAGUAUGUUUUUAAAGCACUUUCUUUCAGACACAACCAUGCCUUGGAAUCGACUUCCAGCAGCAGUAUUUUCGAUUACGAUAUUGUAAUUAAAAAAAAAAAAAACAUAUUCCUUUUUUAAAAGCAUAUUGCAAUGCCUCUGGUGUUGCGAAUGCUUAUGGGCGGCGGUAUUCACUUACCAUCAGGUGAGCUGUAUGAUCGUGUACACGUGUUUAAAAAAAAGCUGUGUUCAAGUUUGUUGUUGUGUGUAUGAAAAUUUAAGUUUUCGAAACCUUACAAAUUUUUCUUUAGACGUGCCGCUGCAUCGACCUUCCCUAAAAUCAAUCUAAUUACCACGCCCUAGAGUUUGAUUUUGCGCAGAAUAAAGUGUUACCGAACUGCCGAAAAGCAAUUGAUGAUGCAAACGCUGUCGUGUAUUAUGGUCCUUAGUCCACAAUCUUGAACAUAGGUAAUAUUCAAUUAAAUAGCUAAUUAUAUUGUUUUUAUUUUAGUAUUCCUUAAUCAAUUAUACAAUCGAAUGUAUUCAGCGGGUCUACCAUAAAAUGAAAUUCCGAAAUUUCGGACUCAAUUUCGUGUUUUUGUUUAUACCAAAAUCGGAUCAAUAAAUAGAAUUUAACAUUUUGUUUAUCAUACAUCCUAUCAUAAAAGUCCAAAAGAACGAUAUUUUAACAUUUUUAAUAUUUCCAAACGGUAUGUAUUAUGUAAUUUUAACAUCAAAUUAGUGUUUCGUUUGGCUCCGAAAUUUCGGAAAACGCUUCAUGGUAGGCCCUCAGAUUAUGUUACAGUCAAACUUCUAUCCGGUAAAAUCUACUUAUGACUGCAUAUAUAAGUACAAAAAUAAAUAUUAAAAUAAGUGUUACUUUUGCAGUUUUUCCCCGGUUAAGAGUUUUCACUGUGACAUAAUAUUGUUAAAAAUUGGAAAAAGCUGGAUAAUACCGAAUAGAUUAAUCAAAAAUAUUAUUUAUUGAACAAUGUAAAAUAGCAACCCUACAUUUUGUGUAAGGCCAAUAAAAAUGUAAUUAUAAUAUAUUAAAACAAAUAUGUUUUUUAGUGGACGCAGUUUAAAUUGUGCCCCCGCCUGCGCUGCUGGUUUACGCUGGCGGGGUUUUUAGUGGAUGAUAAUGGGAUGGUAACCCCGCCUGCGCUGACGGUACACGCUGGCGGGGCAUCAAUGAGGGAUGAUAGAUUUUUUUUAUACAACUUAGAAUGGCAAACAAGCUGACGGUCCACCUGAUGGAAAGUGGUAACCGUCGCCUAUAGACGUGAGCAGUACCAUGGAUAUAACAGAAUAUACUGUCUCGCCCAUGAUACCCCCCAUGCGUUGCAUUCCUGAGGACUCAGGUGUUAUUCCUCUGUACCCAGUAAAUUCACGCCACAUCCCAUCCUUCAAACCGAAACACAGCCAUGCAAACACAACUGCUUCACGGUUGAAACAUGAAUGGAUGAUAGAUGAUAAUGAAAGUGCAGGGUAGUUAUUCCAUCGUGAUGAAUAUACCUGGAAUUCAGCACGAUGAUUUCCAGGGGGAACCACGUGGAGGUCAAUCUGACAGGAUAUAUUGCUAGCAAUGGGACUGAUAGUCUGCAUUACUAACGAUCAUAUUUCCAGGAUAAUACACACGUUUUAAUAUUAAAACUACAAUGGGUAUAUUACAAAAAUUUAUUUCAACUAGAUUUUUUUUUAUUUGAUAUAUAAUUUGAUAAUAUUUAGAAUACUAUCUCCCAUCAGAGGUAACAUGAACGUAUGAUGCUCGUAGCGUAGGAGAUAAAGAAAUAAGUUGGAAUACCAGAAAUUAGACGAACUACAAUUAAGUAACAUGUUUUGUACGAAUAAAAUGAAGCUAUCAGCUAACCUAUAUCCACCAAUACCCCUAAUAUAAUAUUAAGAGGGUCGUAGACAAUUAGGUUGAUAUAAUUACAUUUGCUGUCGAAAAUUAUUACUAGUUUUAAUUUUCCGCGUGAACGGGAUAAAAAAUAGCUUAUAUCCUUCAUUCCCAUAUAGUUUCGUGUAUAGCAAAUUUUAUAGUGAAGCAGUUGUGUUUGCAUGGCUGUG